CUCUCUCCAGACCUGAAACAGAACUCACACUCACCGGUCUUUUCUACUCUCUCUCUCUCUCUCUAUCAGCACUGUGUAUCUGUAUCUAUAUUUGUCUCUCAUUCUGCUCUUUCUUCGUCUUCUUGAAUUUUCUGCUGCGAAGUUUUGAGCUUUAGUUUACGACGCCGUUACGUUCUCUGGUUGGCUGGUGGAGCUGGGUUAGGGUUUAUCAACAAUUCCGAACAAGCCCUAUACGGCGUUGUUAUGAAGCAUCGUGUUGCCGUACCGUUGGGCUUGAGUUGAUCAACGGUUACGAUUUCGUCUCCGGAUGGAGGGAGGUAGCGUCUCUAGACUUACUUCUUCUGAGGUACACAGAUGGAUUAUGAUGACAAUGAUUAUCAAAGCCAGAAUUUUCACAUAGUCGGUGACGAUAGCUCAAAGGUUUCUUCUGUUUUGUGCCCUUAUGCUCUUCCCAAAUUUGAUUUUGAUGAGAGCCUCCAGGGACAUUUAAGAUUUGACAGCUUAGUUGAAAACGAAGUUUUUCUUGGAAUUCCUAGUCAGGAAGACAAUCACUGGAUUGAGGAAUAUUCUCGAGGAAGUAGUGGAAUAGAGUUUAGUCCAAGUGCUGCAGAGUCGUGCUCCAUCCCUAGGCGAAACAAUGUUUGGUCUGAAGCAGCAUCUUCAGAAUCUGUUGAAAUGCUGUUAAAAUCAGUAAUCCAGGAACAUAAUCUUCCAGUGGAUGCUAUUAUUGAGGAAUCAGAUGCUGGCAACGAAUUGGGUAACUUAACCCAACAAAUAAUGGAACCUAACCUUAGGGAGGAUGAUAAAGUAGAUUACGUUAAAGAUUCCAAUCCAAGUGUACAACCUGAUGAGUUUUCUAGGUCAAAAGAGACUACUGGGGCAGAAGUUAUCCAAAUGGCUUUAGAAACACAAGUGGUGGAAACAUGUGCUUAUGAGAACAUUGAGAGCAGAGAGAAUGAUCAGAUCAUGACUGAUGAUAGGAUACAAAUUGAAGUGAAAAACAGUGAUUCUAAUAAAGUAGAAGUUGGCACUUUAGACAAUGAAACGGUUAACCAAACAAAAGUAAAUCCAUCUGCUUCAGGUGUUCAAGUUCAAGGUGAAGAGUUCUCCUCACCUACUGUUACUGUAGGGAAUUCUAGUGAAUGGGAUAAACAAUCUGGAAUUCAUCUUGAAACUACUAGUGGAUUACCUGAUGAUUUCUGUAAAGGAGCAGGGGACAAUACCAUAGUGAGCGAAGACACUACUAUCAAUGAUGAAAAGUUAAGUGGGGUGGCAUUUCAGACUGGUAUUCCAGCUGCUAAUAAGGAUUCCCCUUCUAAUGUGACUUCAGAGGUGGUAGGUGUUAACGGAGCUAGAGGUGAAAACACAAUUACUAAUUUGGGGGAAUCUUCCAGUUUGCUAGGGAUUUCGGACCAUGAUUUGUCCACUGCUGAGGUAUGUAAGAAAGAUGUACCUUUUGUUGAGCCUCCUAAAGACAAUAAGUCUGACAUUGUUGUAUCGCCCAAAGCAACCAAAAUCCAACACCAGUAUGAUGAUUGUAGUAUGUUGCAAGAUGAGACUUCUGUGGCCUUUAAGAGCACAAGUGCACCUGAUGGGCAUGUUGCAGAGGUCAGAGAGGUUGAAGGCCUAGAGACCUGCUCCAAUCUUGAGCUGGAGAAGUGUUCUGCUUUAAAUAUACCAUCUGGAAUGAGCAAGAUAGCACAACAGAAUACUACUGAGAGUUUUAUCUCAUCAGAUCAAAGGCCUUCAUUUGCUAGCUCUGGGGGAUUGAGUGAGCCAUUUGGACCACAAACUGAAAGCAGCAUUGACCAAGGAGGUGAGUGUGACAGUAUAAUGGAGUCAUCCACUUCUGCUGGAAUUCUUGAGGAGAGACAUGCUACUGAAGAUAUGAAAGGUGGAAAUGUUUGCGUGGGAGCAGACAAAGUGGUAUCAGGCAUUGGACAUGAUCCUUCAUCCCUUUCCAAAGCUGAAUGUGUGCAGUUAUAUAGAGAAAACUUGCCGUCUGAGGUACCUGUUGGUGCAUGUAAUAGUGAUCAAGAUAAUUCAUCUGGUGAGAAAGGGAGAGCUAUGCCAUGUGCUGUUUUAAGUAAUGAGGAACGUGAUAAAUCACUUGAUCCCCAGAUAAGGGUCGGAUCCUCUUCUAUCGUUGAAGAGCAUAAAGAAGAUGUUGAGAUUACUUGUGCGCCAGAAUUUGGCACUUCAGUACAGAACAAACAAGCUUCAGCUGUUGAGGUGAAAGAUGUAAACUGUUCCUCGCAUGACACUGUGGAUAAUGUCAACUCACUUUCUAAACAUAGUGAUAUUCCACCGGUGAUGGCUAAUCACCCUGAGCAAAAGCCAUUGUCAGUCAAGGAGAGCUCAAUGCAUUCCGGUAACAAGGAAAUGAAUACUAUAUGCCCCAAAGAAGCAAGCCCAUCAACAUUGGGUUCAUCUGUUCAAAUGAUAGUCAAGGCUUCCCAUAUAGGGACCCCUGUUGGCCAAGCAACUGCUGCUGCUGAUGCUGGUCAAGACUGCUCCAAAGAUUUGAAAAUAAGAGGUGGGCAGCAUGACUUGACGAUGAGAGAGGGAACUUGUGAUAAAACAGAAACUAUUGAAAAGCAUGAGGAAGCAAAUAAUGAUGGCCAAGACUUGCCAAAACUUGGAGAGAUAGGAAGUUCUGUGGAACCUGUUGCUCCUAGUCAAGUUUCUACUUCUGCUACCAAUUGCACACAACCUUUGCAAACAGAGAAGAAUAAAGAAGAGUUUGGCAAUAGGGCUGCGGUUGAGAGCAUCCCAACUCCUCAGGUUACAGAUAACCUUGUUGGUAAAGUUCAGUCAACAUGCAUGAAUUCUGGAGUAAGUGCUUCAUCUAAAGAAGAGAGCUUAAACAUCAAGGUCACUCCAGUGGCAGGCUCUUCUGAAGUAGAACCCAGCAAGGACAUGCAGUCAUUUCCCAGUAACAGAUCUGAAGUACCAAUGGUUGGGGAAGACUUGCCUCUGAUAUCUGUUGGAGCAAAUGCCGGUAAGGAAACUCCUCAGGUAUCUGACCAGAUAACGCCUUCUAGAGGCUCAAAAGCUGAGCGUAAAACAAGGGGUGGCUCCAGUAAGGCCGGGAGAAAAAGUACUAAGGGAAACCAAUUGAAGGAAACCCCUGUCAAAGUCAUAGAGAGGAGGGACAAAUCACGUGUGGCCAGGGAGAGUAGUGGCACAAAGACCAGUGGUGUUGUUUCCACUCCAACAUCCAAUCUUCCAGAUCUGAACACUUCCACUCAAUCUGUAUUGUUUCAGCAGCCUUUCACAGAUUUACAGCAAGUGCAAUUACGAGCACAAAUCUUCGUUUAUGGAUCUUUGAUUCAAGGUGCAGUACCGGACGAGGCCUGUAUGGUAUCAGCCUUUGGGACAACAACUGAUGGAGGGAGGGGCACUUGGGAGGCUGCAUGGCGUGCUUGUUUAGAAAGGCAUCUUGGGCCGAGAUCUCAUGCCAUCAACACUGAAACACCUGUGCGUUCACGUUCAGGUGCAAAGACGCAAGAUCAGGCAAUCAAUCAGGGUUUGCUGCAAAGCAAAGUUCUUUCAUCAACAGCUGCUCGAUCAAGCAGCAAGGGUUCUUCUACACCUAUAGUCACUCCAAUGAUACCUCUUUCAUCGCCUCUUUGGAAUAUAGCUACCCCCUCUGAUAGUCGAGUUUCAAGUAGCGUAGUGAGUGGAGCAGUCAUAGAUUAUCAGUCAUUUUCUUCUUUGAAUCCUUACCAGAUCCCCCCUGGGCGGAACCUUGCUGGAUACACUACCUGGCUAUCACAGACAUCUAUACCUGCUCCCUGGGUUGCUUCUACACAAACUGCUGCUUUUGAUAUUAGUGCGCGUUUUCCUGUUUUGCCUAUUACAGAGCCAGUGAAAUUGACCCCUGUCAAAGAAUCAUCCGUGGCUGCUUCUGGAGGUACAAAGCACAUGCCAACAAAUUCCAUGGCUCCUAGUGUACUUCCUGGCAUCAUUGCAGGGAAUACUUCCAUGGUUGACAACAAAAAGGCUCCGGCAUCACCUGCUGAUCUGAAAUCUAGGAAGAGAAAAAAGCCACCUGUUACUGAUGGUCAUGGACAGAUCUCCUUACCUGUGGCUCCAGCAGAGUUGGUCUCUGCCCCUAGCAGCAGUGGCUAUUCAUCGAAGAGUGUUGGAUUGAUCUCAUCGGUGGGCAGAAGCCCGUCACAAACAUUGUCUGCUCCGGUUGUUAGUAGUCACUUUUCUACAUUAGUUGCUGUCACCACUUCUCCUAGCUUUGUGCCCAAGGGAAAAUCUGACUUAGUCCCUGCUUCCUCUUUACUUGUUGAUCACUCCAAAAGAGCAGAGGUUAAUGUUGUGAGAAGGACUUUAACUCCGGAGGAUAUUAAAAACGUUGAAGAGUCUAAACUACAAGCUGAGGAGGCAUCUGCACAUGCUGCUGCAGCACUAGGUCACUGCCAAGGCAUAUGGAUUGAGUUGGAUAAGCAAAAGAGUUCUAGCUUGAUGCCUGAUGUUGAGGCUAAGCUAACAUCUGCUGCUGUUGCUAUAGCAGCUGCUGCUUCUGUCGCAAAAGCGGCAGCUGCUGCUGCUAAAGUUGCAUCGGAUGCUGCUGCACAAGUAAAACGGAUUGUUGAUGAAUCACUGGUCUCAAGCAAAAGUGUUACAAUUGAAAACAGUGCAGUUGCUCUCUCGAACUCUGUAAGCAACUUGGGGAGUGCAACUCCUGCUUCCAUAUUGAAGAGUGGAGAUGGAAACUUUGUUUCUAUUGAGGCUAUGUCAGCUGCUUCAAGGCAUGCUGAAAAUUUAAUGGCUGUAGUGAAGGCUGCAGAAUUGGCUGCUGAAGCAGUAUCACAUGCUGGAAAAGUCGUAAUAGGGGAUCCUUUACCCUUGAGUGAAUUAGUAAAAGCUGGUCCUGAUGGUUUCUGGAAAGUUUCUGAAUCCAUAUCUCAAUCAAAAGAUGUAAAUGGGGGGAAAUCUGAUGUCAACAUGGUUGAACAAGGUUCUGAUGUUUUUCCUAAGCAGUCUGAGGGUCCAUCUGUUAAGGCAUUACAUGCCCUGAAAGGUGGUUUGUCACCACAUCCAGGAGGGACAUCUGCUAAUACCAUAGCAGGGAGUGUCAGGGCUGAAGAGGGCAUUUCAUCUUCUAUUCCACACGCUGAUAAGGAUAUUUGUAGUAGCAAGGCUCCUACGACAUCAGAAUUUAACAAGACCCUUGAGAUUUCUACUGGGCCAGAAAUUGAGUCAAGGUCAACUUCUCUUCUUCAGGGUGACUAUGAAAACAUUGCAAGUUCAAUGAUAGACAGCAUCAAAGAGGGCUGUCUUGUUGAGGUACUUAGAGAUAGCGGUGACCUUAAGGCCUGGUUCUCAGCCAAUGUAUUGAGUUUGAAAGAUGGAGCUGCAUUCAUUUGUUACACUGAACUUCAAUCAGAUGAAGGUUCAGGACAGUUAAAGGAGUGGAUACCUUUACGUUUAGAUGGUGAGGAUGUACCCAGCAUACGUAUCAGCCAUCCUAUGACUGCUGUUCACCUUGAAGGAGCCCGAAAGAGGCGACGAGCAGCUAUGAAGGACUAUACUUGGUCUGUCGGUGAUCAAGUUGAUGCUCGGAUGGACAAUUGCUGGAGAGAGGGGAUUAUUACUGAAAAGAACAAAAAGGACGAAACUAUAUUGAGUGUCAAUUUUCCAGCUCGGGGUGAUACUGCAGUUGUAAGAGCAUGGAACCUCCGUCCAACCCUUAUUUGGAAGGAUGGGGAGUGGGUUGAAUGGUCCACUUCAAGAAACGAGCCUGCGUUUCAGGGUGAUACCCCAAAGGAGAAGAGAAUAAAGUUGGGAAAUCCUGCUGGUGAGACCAGCGGAAAGGCCAAGCUCUCAAAAAAUAUUGAUUUUCCAGAACCUGGGACAAAUAAAGAACCAAAGUUGCUCCCUUUAUCUGAUAAUGAAACAAUAUUUAAUGUUGGUAGCAACAAAGAUGAGAAUAAGCCCAGCACAGUCAGAACAAUGAGGUCUGGUUUACAGAAAGAAGGCUCCAAAGUUGUUUUUGGCGUGCCUAAGCCCGGAAAGAAGAGGAAGUUUAUGGACGUAAGCAAGCAUUAUGUUUCUAACUGGGGCAUGAAGGACACCACAGCUAAUGAUUCAGCGAAACUUGCAAAAUAUGUGAUGCCACAAGGUUCAGGAGUUGGUGGAUGGAAAAAUAAUUCUAAAACCAAUCCUAAGGAGAAGGAAGUGGCCGAGUUUAAAUCCAGACCACCUAGAUCUAGGAAACCACCCAGUUCAAGCCGGACAUCAAAAGAUAACUCUUUGACAUCAAAUCCAUCAGCUUCUGGUGAUGCUACUUCAACUGACCAUGUGGUCAAGGAUACUAUGAGCUAUGACAAGAACGAAUCAGCUCAAUCGGAUUUUGUCAAAUGCAAUUCCAAUGGCGAAGAAGCAGCUGAAGGACAGAUGCAAUUUUCUUCAGAGGAUCUUCAAGCUGAGUCCACUAAGAAGGCAUCAACAUCGACAAACAAAUCUGAGAAGGUAAACGCAGGAAAUGUUACUCCUGCCAGUGGGAAAUCAACAAAAGUUGAGGUGGACAAGUCAAUUCCUGAAGUCAUUGAACCCCGGAGGUCAAAUCGUAGGAUUCAGCCGACAUCAAGGUUACUGGAAGGUUUGCAGAGCUCACUAAUCAUCCCAAAAUUCCCAUCUCUGUCCCAUGACAAAGGUCAAAGAAGCCACCACAGGGGCACAUCGAAAGGUAAUACCCAUGGAUAAUAAGCGCUUUUGGAAUAAUCCCAUGCGUCCAUAGAACCUCUGUUGUCUACAACAAUCAGGACGCAUAGUUUUGUAUAUUUGCUAGAGGCGAAAAUUGGAGAUGGAAAAAGUUUACCCUUUUUCUUUUUUGGUUUGUGCUUUAGGUGUUGUAAAAUUUAGGCAGUAGGUGUUCAUAAUAGAUGUUUACAAAAUCAUUAUGCAAUGGCUCGUCUUAUCUUACUAUAUUAGGGCUGUAUAUGGAACUUGUCCAAGUAGUUGGAUAAAUGGUGCAGGAAUCUGUUUCAAAUGGUUUUUAUAUUGUAGUCUCUUGAAAUUGGAUAAGCCUUGCCAGAAGGCGUUGACUCAAGAUGUAUGCAACAACGCUCUUAGAAAAAUUUUAUCCUGAAGAUUUGGGAAAUCUGUUAAUCAGCA